UGAAAGUAAGUGAAGGAGUGCGGACGCUGCCGUCACUCUCUCUCAUAUAUUACUCCAUAUGUUACACUUUUAUUGAAGGUACAUGCUGUGGAACAUAGCUACAAGAUGGGCAAGAAGAAGGGACAUAAGGCGGAGACGAAUGGGGAUGUGGAAGAUGAUAUAGUAGAGGAUACUGAAAACUCUGCACUCAAGGAGACUGGUAAGAAAGGCAAGAAGGCAAAGAAAAAAACUGAAGAUUGGGAGGAUGAUAUUGCUAAGGAGUUGGAAGACAUGACCUUGGAGGAGACGGGAGGGAACAAGGAGGAGGUGCCAGUCCCUCCUGUUGAGAAGAAGAGAAAGGAAAAGAAAUCUAAAAAAAGUGUCAAGAUGGAAGAUGAUGAUUCAGAAGAUGACUUUGUAAUUAAACCUAAAAUGGGUGGAGGGUUUGCUGCUCUAAUGGAUGAUAAUGAUGAUGACCUUAUGGAUGAAGAUGAUGAACCUGUUGUAGAGGAGAAGCCAAAGAAAGACAAGAAGAAGAAGAAAGAAGAGCAACAGGUCAUUGAAGCUGAGGAAGAAAAGGGAAAGAAAACCAAGAAGAAAAAAGGGAGGAAGAAAGAUGAUGACGAAGAUUUGGAUAAAAUUUUGGCGGAACUGGAAUCUGAAUACAAAGGAGAAAAGCCUAAAGAAGAUCUCAAGAAAGAUGGAUCAGUAGGCGAAGAGAUGAUAAUAGAGCAACAGGUAAUUGAUGCUGAGGAAGAAAAGGGAAAGAAAGCGAAGAAGAAGAAAGGUAAAAAGAAAGGUGAUGAUGAAGACCUAGAUAAAAUUUUAGAGGAACUUGAAUCUGAAUACAAAGGGGAAAAGCCUAAAGAAGAACCCAAGAAAGAUGGAUUAAUAAGUGAAGAGGCAAUGGUAGAACAAAUUAUUGAUGCUGAGGAAGAAAAGGGAAAGAAAGCUAAGAAGAAGAAAGGGAAAAAGAAAGGCGAUGAUGAAGAUUUGGAUAAAAUUUUAGAAGAACUGGAAUCUGAAUACAAAGGGGAAAAGCCUAAAGGAGAACCCAAGAAAGAUGGAUCAGUAGGUGAAGAGGUAAUGGUAGAACAAACAGAAGACACUGGGAAGAAAAAAAAGAAGAAGGAACAUGAAGAAGCACCAACGGAAAUUGAAGUUACACAGAAUGAGGAGCCACAACAGAAGGAUGAGGAAGAAAAGGAAGGUGAUGCUAAGGCAAAGAAGAAGAAAAAGAAAGUUAAAGACACAGCAGAGAUAACGAAGGGUGAUGCAGCGGAUGCCAAAGUUGAUGUAGCAGAUGCCAAGGUUGAAGUGGCGGAUGCUGGAGAGGAGGACGGUGAUGCUGAUGGUGAAAGCACUAGUAAGAGGAAAAAGAAAAAGAAGAAAGGGGAAAAAGAUGAGGAGGAAGAUGCAAAGGCCAAAAAAGGCAAACCUAACAAGAAGAUGCUGGCAGCGAUGAAAGAACUCCUUGCUAAACAGAAGGAAGAAGAAGAAAGAUUGAAGGCAGAAGAGGAGGAAAGAAUAAGACAAGAGGAAGAAAGGAUCCGUAAAAUAGAAGAGGAGAAGCGAAUAGAGCAAGAAAAGAAAGAUCGCAAGAAACAGAAGGAGAAAGAAAGAAAAGAACGUCUCAAGGCUGAAGGAAAGUUGUUAACUCCAAAGCAGAAGCAAGACAUGCGCAGGGCACAAGAUCUGCUGGAACAUUUAAAGGCCCAGGGAGUAAGUGUACCAGAGGCAGGAGAAAAGCGAUUUCGACCUGGUACCAGAAUUCGACCCAAGAAAACUAAAAAGGAGGAGAAAUUAGAAGACCAAGAGAUGGCAGAGCCAGAAGAUAAAGCUGAGGAAGAAGCUGUACCAAAAGAAGAUGAAGUAAUGGAAUCUUGUGAUAAAGUGGAAGAAGAGGAAGAGGAGGAGGAGGUGGUGGAGGAUGUGAAAGAUGCAUGGGAUGAGAGUGAAGAAGAUGCUGAUGAAGACGAAGACAUCUCGGAAGACACAAAGACUCCAAAGGUUGCAAAGAAAACCAUAAAGGAUGAAGAUGACGAUGAUGAGGAUGAAGAUGAGGACGAGGACGAGGACGAUGAUGAAGAAGAAAGUGAUGAGGAAUCUGAAAGCGGAGACUCUGAAGAGGAGCGACAAACUGAAGCAGAGAAGAGGAAACAGAGGGCUUUGUUACGCAUAGCUAAGAGGAAAGAGAUGAAUGAGAAGAAUUUAAUGCCAGAUAUGCUUAGAUCACCUGUGGUGUGUGUCCUUGGCCACGUUGAUCACGGGAAGACGAAAAUCUUGGAUAAAUUGCGCCGCACUAAUGUGCAGGAAGGUGAGGUCGGAGGUAUUACUCAACAAAUUGGUGCCACUAAUGUUCCUGCACACGGGGUUCAGAGACAAACCCAUAUGGUUAAAGGUUUUGAUAUGAGUGUGUUGAAGUUUCCGGGGCUGUUGAUCAUCGACACACCUGGUCACGAAUCUUUCAGCAAUUUGCGUUCAAGAGGAUCUUCUCUGUGUGAUAUUGCUAUUCUAGUUGUUGAUAUCACUCAAGGCUUGGAGCCUCAAACUAUAGAAUCAAUCAACCUCCUGAAAAAAAGAAAAACUCCAUUUGUAGUUGCUUUAAAUAAGGUAGACAGAGUGUUUGAGUGGGAACCUAACUGCAACAAAGACAUCCGUGAUGUUAUAAAGUUACAGAAAGAACCUGCUAAAAAUGACUUUGAACGUAGAACUAAGGAAAUUAUCCAAGCUCUAAAUAUACAGGGAUUGAAUGCUGCCUUGUUCUGGGAGAACCCAGAUCCUCGUUCCUAUGUUUCUCUAGUGCCCACUAGUGCCAUCUCUGGUGAUGGAAUGGGUAACUUAAUAGCUAUGGUGUGUGAUAUGUGCCAACAGAGAUUAAACAAGAGAUUAAUGUUCUCUGAAGAACUCCAGUGCACCGUCCUAGAAGUGAAGACAAUCCAGGGUCAUGGCACAACUAUCGAUGUGAUCCUGGUGAAUGGUAGACUACGAGAAGGAGAUACUAUAAUUUUAGCUGGUACUGAAGGCCCCAUCGUUACUCAAAUCAGAUCUUUACUUUUACCAAAACCAUUAAAAGAAAUCAGAGUAAAAGGUCAGUACGAUGAAUUCAAAGAAGUUGCCGCUGCUCAGGGUGUAAAAAUUGCUGCUCGCGACCUGGAGAAAGCAAUCGCUGGCCUUAAUCUUCAAGUUGCAUACCAUGAAGAUGAAAUUGAUCUGCUAAAGGAAGAGGUGGAUAAGGAAUUCAAGGCUGCAAUGAGGUCCAUAAAGGUGAAGGAGCGAGGUGUUUAUGUUCAAGCUUCAACUUUAGGUGCCUUAGAAGCCCUCCUUGAAUUUUUCAAGGCUAACAGUGUGCCAUAUUCUGGCAUCCGUGUUGGUCCGGUCGUAAAGAGAGAUGUGAUGAAGGCAGCAGCUAUGUUGGAGCACGACCCCAUGUAUGCAGUCAUUCUUGCCUUUGAUGUAAAAGUAGAGAAAGAUGCUCAAGAAUUGGCUGAUAAGGAAGGGGUGAAAAUUUUCUCCGAGGAAACCAUAUACCAUCUGGGAGACCGUUACGUAGAAUAUAUAAAGGAAUACAAGAGGAAAAAGCAGGAGGAAUUCCGAAGUGUUGCCGUCUUCCCUUGUCGACUAAAGAUAAUUCCAGCGGCAAUUUUUAACAAACGUGAUCCAAUUGUAUUGGGUGUGACUGUGGACGCCGGCAUACUUAGAACAGGCACACCUCUCUGUGUCCCAACAAAGGAGUUUGUGGAAAUCGGUAUAGUGACAUCUAUGGAGUUUGACCAUAAAAACGUUGAUCUGGCUAAGAAAGGUGUAGAUGUAUGUAUCAAGAUUGAACCUGUCCCGGGCAACACACCUAAACUCUUCGGUCGACAUUUUGAGGUGGAAGACAAGCUGGUUAGCAAGAUUUCUCGUGAGUCAAUAAACGCAUGUAAAGACCAUUUUAGAGAUGAUCUCAGCAAAACUGACUGGAAACUGAUGGCUGAGUUGAAAAAGGAAUUCGAAAUUCUUUAAACGUGUCGUAAUAUAGCGAAAACCUGAGUUACGUUAUGUCGAUAUAUGAAUUUUUAUAUUGUCUGCGACUUAAUGUAUUCUUGUUAGUAAAUUGAUAAAUGAGCACUUCCAGAGGAAAACAUUGAUCAACAGCUUAUGCAGAUUUACUUACCGUAUUGUCUGGCAUGUAAGGCGCACGAUGUUUCCAAGCAGUUGUAAUAUAACAUUAGUAAACAACUGCUAAAGUGUAACACAAAGCCUACCCUUGACCCUGACCUUGAGCAUAUAAGAUGCAGGCUGAUUUUCCAAGACACUUUUGGGGGAAAAGCGCACCUUGCAUGCCAGAAAAUACGGCAUGUUUUCAUUUUGCAUCCUAAAUUAAUGGCUGUAAUAAGGUUUGUGGACCAAAGUUGAAAUGUAUUUUGACUGUAUUCCAUCAACUACAUUGUAUCAAAGUUACAGCUGGUACUUAUAUCUGAGUUAUGCAGAGGAGUGACCAUCAUGUUGACACGCAAUCACCUUUUAAGUAUUACUGUAAUUACUGGUUUUAUGGAAGAGAAUCAAAUAAAAUUUUAUGUAAAAAGCAUUAAAAUUUUAAGUCAUUUUGGUUUUUAUAAAAUGUUGAGAGGGGGGAAAAUUCCAUUUAUAAUAUCUGAUAUGCUUCCCUUGUUCUUAUUAACCAAGGCCAAUACUAAAUAAUAUAUAUGGUAUGGUUCCAAUUGCUUGUUUGGAAUUUUUUUAAUAUAUAAAUUUAUUUAAUAAAAAGCUGUUUUUCUGAGUGUAA